AUGGCUGUUGUAAGCAUCCCCCCGCCGCUCAAGUUCAACUUCACCGUGGGAGAGAUCUCGGACCUGGCAGCCAAACUCACCGAACAAACCAAGAGCAAAAUAAAUGACAUCACCUCUACAGUCAGUGUCGAGAACGCGACUUUCGAGAAUGUCAUUAUCCCAAUUGGUCACGCUGAAAACGAACUUGAGCACGAAUUAGAAGUCAUAGCUCUCCUCGAGUCCGUAUCUCCCUCCUCGGAAAGCAGAAAAGCCGCAUCAGACGCGGUAAAGAAAACACAAGAAGCCUGGGAUGCAAUAUAUGACAAUGAGCAGCUCUUUUUCUUAAUUGAUGCCGUGAAAGAGAAGAAUCCUUCAAACCUAGACGAAGAAUCAGAAAGGCUGUUGACAGAUCUUCAUGAUGCGUGCAUCAGCAAGGGUCUCAAGUUGACUGGCGCAGCAAGGGACCGCUUCUCCAAAAUAGCGAAGCGUAAAACGGAGCUACGUGCCGCCUUUGUAGCGAAUCUGGCUACUGAUCCGGGUUUUGUUCUCAAAUCCGACUCUGAGCUAGAGGGCUUGUCGAGGAGUAAACUCGAGAGUUUUGAGGCUAAUGAAGAUGGACGACGGAAAAUUCCGCUUCAUAGGACAAAUGUUGAUGCCAUCAUGCGGCAGUGUGUUAAUGAAAAUACGUGGAAAGACGUCUGGAUUGCUAAGGAGUCUAUUCAUCCUGAUAACGCGGCGCUAUUCAGAGAAGCCGUUCUUCUGCGGGACGAAGCGGCUCGUAUGUUGGGAUGUACUUCGUAUAACCACCAGCUCGUGCGGCAUCGAAUGAUGAAGUCCCCUGAUGCGGUUAUGAAGCUCCUGCAUACAGUGGGCACGAAACUGAAGCCAUUGGUGAAGAUGGAGAUGGAUGGCCUGCGAGAACUACGGGGAGACGGAGGACCGAUUCAUUUCUGGGACCUGGCUCACUAUGAGACCCGAAUGUUGAGGGAAAGGGAUGUGAAUAGUGAGCUUGUGGCGGAGUAUUUUCCCGCAGAUUUUGUGCUGGCGCGGAUGUUGGAGAUUUUUGAAAAGCUGUUUCACUUGGAGAUUAUAGAGGUUGAGGAUAGGAAGGAUGACGAGGUGUGGCAUCCUGAGGUGAAGGUCUAUACGGUUCGUGAGGUUGAUGCUGGGUUUGUGGGAUACUUGUACAUGGAUCUGUAUCCUAGGGAUGGCAAGUAUAACCAUGCUGCGGACUUUAAUGUCCGGCCGAGUUAUAUCGACAGAGAAGGGAACUAUGUCUCCAGCGCCACAGCACUCAUCUGCAAUGUCACUCCUCCGACGGGAAGCACACCAGCGUUACUACAACACUCGGAUGUUCAAACGAUCUUCCACGAACUAGGCCACGGAAUGCACGAUUUACUGGGCCGCACUCGAUACACCAAGUUUCACGGUUGGCGUGGCAGAAGGGAUUUUUGCGAGGCUCCCAGCCAGCUCCUCGAGUUCUGGUGCUGGCUCCCUGAUACACUUAAGAGUAUGAGCUGCCACUACUCGCAUCUAUCUGAAGAAUACGCACGACACUGGAGAGGAUUGAAUCCUGAGACGGAACGUCUGCCGGAGAAGCAGAUCCCCGACGAGAUGGUGUCGGCGUUGACUGCGGCCAAGCAGGUGUGCAGUGGUAUAACGGCAGCACGACAAGUUGGCUUAAGUAUAUUCGACAUGAAGGUUCAUAAUCCGUCAUCUCAUGAGAAACUCGAGCAAAUGGAUAUCGCCAAGGAAUAUUAUGAUUCAAUCACAGACGCAGUUGGCCUUCAGGGACCAGGGGAUGGAACAUCCAUGGGUAACGGGCAUUCAACUACUGCCCAUUUCAUGUGGGGUCAGGAAGCGAACUAUUAUUCUUACGUCUCGACUCGUAUUCUGGCGGCUGACAUGUGGAAGACGUGCUUCGUUAACGAUCCUAUGAGUCCCGAAGCUGGGCUCCGGUAUAGACAUAUGGUACUUGAUAAAGGUGGCAGUGUAGAUGAGGCGAAGAUGGUGGCGGCGUUUUUGGGUCGCGAGCCCAAUUCGGAUGCGUACCUGGAAGAUGUUGGUGUCCGUGAGGUUACGAAUUGA